AUGGGCAUGGGGAGGACGGGUGCCGGGAGCACGAGUGCCCAGAGCACGGGUGCGGGGAGCACGGGGGCCGGGAGCACAGGAAACCCGGACAAGGGCAUCCAGUUCCUGAUCUCCCGCGGCUUCAUCCCGGACACCCCCAUUGGUGUGGCCCAUUUCCUCCUCCAGCGAAAGGGCCUCAGCCGCCAGAUGAUUGGAGAGUUCCUGGGCAACAGCAAGAAGCAGUUCAACCGCGACGUGCUGGACUGCGUGGUGGACGAGAUGGACUUCUCCAGCAUGGAGCUGGACGAGGCCCUGCGCAAGUUCCAGGCACACAUCCGUGUGCAAGGAGAGGCCCAGAAGGUGGAGCGGCUCAUCGAGGCCUUCAGCCAGCGCUACUGCAUGUGCAAUCCCGAAGUGGUGCAGCAGUUCCACAACCCCGACACCAUCUUCAUCCUGGCCUUCGCCAUCAUCCUGCUCAACACUGACAUGUACAGCCCCAACAUCAAGCCUGACCGGAAGAUGAUGCUGGAGGACUUCAUCAGAAACCUUCGAGGUGUGGACGAUGGCGCUGACAUCCCCAGGGAACUGGUGGUAGGCAUCUAUGAGAGGAUACAGCAGAAGGAGCUCAAGUCCAAUGAGGACCACGUCACGUACGUCACCAAGGUGGAGAAGUCCAUCGUGGGCAUGAAGACAGUGCUGUCGGUGCCCCACCGCCGCUUGGUGUGCUGCAGCCGGCUCUUUGAGGUGACGGAUGUGAACAAGCUGCAGAAGCAGGCGGCGCAUCAGAGGGAGGUGUUCCUCUUCAAUGACCUGCUGGUGAUUCUCAAACUUUGCCCGAAGAAGAAGAGCUCCUCCACGUACACCUUCUGCAAGUCAGUUGGCCUGCUGGGCAUGCAGUUCCACCUCUUUGAGAACGAGUAUUACUCUCAUGGCAUCACACUGGUGACACCGCUCUUGGGCUCUGAGAGGAAGCAGGUGCUGCAUUUCUGUGCCCUGGGCUCGGACGAGAUGCAAAAGUUCGUGGAGGACCUGAAGGAGUCCAUUGCUGAGGUGACAGAGCUGGAGCAGAUUCGGAUAGAGUGGGAGCUGGAGAAGCAGCAGGGAACAAAGACACUCUCCUUCAAGCCCAGCGGAGCCCAGGGGGACCCACCGUCAAAGCAAGGAUCGCCGACAGCCAAAAGGGAGGCCGCGCUCAGGGAGAAGCCGGCGGAGAGCACGGUGGAGGUGUCAAUUCACAACAGGCUUCAAACGUCCCAGCACAACUCCGGGCUGGGGGCCGAGAGGGGAGCACCGGUGCCGCCACCAGACCUGCCGCCUAGCCCCCUGAGACAGCAGCCCCCGCCACUGCCGCCGCCGCCACCCACACCCCCGGGCACCCUGGUGCAGUGCCAGCAAAUUGUCAAGGUCAUUGUCCUGGACAAGCCCUGCCUGGCCCGCAUGGAGCCCCUGCUGAGCCAGGCUCUCUCCUGCUACACCUCGUCCUCCUCUGACUCCUGCGGCUCCACACCCCUGGGCGGCCCUGGCUCUCCGGUCAAGGUCAUCCACCAGCCUCCGCUGCCCCCGCCCCCACCCCCCUACAACCACCCUCACCAGUUCUGUCCACCAGGCUCCCUGCUGCACCGGCGCCGCUACUCCAGUGGCUCAAGGAGCCUGGUGUAGACUCUGCCACACUCCCCUGCUGCCCCGGGGAGGGCUGGCCACUGGGGGGCCUGGGCUGCCCCUCUGCUGCUCCCCACACCCUGGCACGAUGCGUUCCUGGUCACUGAUCACCAUCAUUUUGGGAAGAGAAUCCCAAUCCUGGCACCUGGGUUUGCCUCAUCCAACCAUCCUUCCCUUUCUCAGCUGCACCCCGACUCCAGUUCUGAGACACACCUCACUCUCCUGGGGCCCUACACAGCCUCUUUCCCUGGCCACCACUUUCCCCCACUGGACCAUGGACUGAAGAAAACUGGAGCUGAGGGUCUAACUAGCUUGCAGGCUUUGAGUCUGCUAGUGCCUGAGGGCCUCGGGCCAUGGGGCAGCAGCAUGAGGCUGGGCCAGCCGGCAGUGGAGCACUAGACAGAAGGCGGCUGGCUCGCAGCCCAGAACUAGUGCCUCUGUGGCUGUGCCGAGGGGAGGAGGGUUGGUCCCACUCCCUGGAGGGACAGGUGGGAGAAGUGAGGAGGGGGGCUUUUUCUGCUGCCCCCACCCCCAAGCCUGGCACUCUCAGGAAGCUACUCCUUGGUCCCCAGGGACGUUGGCUGUCCUGACCAUGUCCUUCCCCCUCCUCCCAGGGCCUCUGCUUCCUCAGGAGCUGCCCAGACUCCAGAAAAGCUUGGAGAAAGGGAGGCGGGAAGAAGAGCACUUUAGCUCUCUGCGGGUCAGUUCAACAGGGCCAUGGGAUUUUGAGGUCAUGGAUCUGCAAAAUGCACCUUUUUAAAGAGUUUCUUAGUUCUCCAGCCCCAGCUAAUACCCAGCCAGUGUCGUGUGCGCAUAGGCAUGUGCACAUAAACAUGCAUGAGAACCAGGCCGUUCCUUCCGUUGUGCAAGCAGAAGUGGAGACGGGGCAGUGAUCUGCCCAGCAGAGAUGGGGCUCGGCCGGAGGCAGGGCUCCCUCCUGAGUCUGUGGCCUCCAGGAGGGACUUGGGUGCAGAGCUAAGCAAGAAAAACGGGCUCCAGAGACAUAUGCAUUUCCCCUGCAUCCCUCAGCCUUUAAAUGUUUCCCCCUCCUAGAAGGUUCUAGACCUCCCCUUCCAGCAGGGGUGCCCAAGAGUCCCUGGACCCUCAAAAUUGCAAAGGAGGCCCAAGCACGGCUCACUGACCUCCCAGGGCCCAGCAAGAUGGGAUAGCCAGCCUUAGGUGGCCCCACGAGCUCAAGCCUGGGGAAGGGCCCCUCCCCAGCCAGAUGAGAGGCAGCCACCCCAGAGACAACAGGAGCCGUACCAUGGCCUGCCCAGUCAGGCCCUAUCAGGAUGUGUCUGUACCAAGCCUGGCCAGGCUCCAGUUCUGUGCCAGCAGCUCAUUGCUGUCCUGUGUGUAGGUCCCCCCCACACUUGGAGCCUGUGGUUAAGGCCUCCUGAGAGAGGAAGUGAACAUGAGUCAAGUGUGACAUGGACUUGAAUCUCCCCACCCUUCCCCUGCCCUGCCCCACCUGCAGUAGCCAGGCCAGGUAGGAAGCAAAGAUCAUUCCCGGCUCUCAGAGGUUCCAGAUGACCUAGUUUCAUUUUGUGUGUGUGCGUAUGUGUGUGUGUGGUCACUCAGACGUCACUGUGAUAUCACCCAGUGAGUCUAUUUCUGGCCCUGUCUUUGUCGGCCCAGUUUCCGUAACUUGCAGCCAAUUUGCCCUCUCCCCUGUGGCUGCCAGCCCGUCUGCCCCUCCGUGUCCUUGCUGCCCUGGCCCUCCUGUUUUCUGUAACAGAGAUGCUCCAGUCAUUGCAUUUCAGAGUGGAGCAGACAACAGAUGGGGUGCACAAAUUCAGACACCUCUGAUGCCCUUAGCCAAGGCAGGGAUCGCCCUUAAAGUGAAGGCCUGGACAGAAGGUGUCAGGGACUUGGGAGGAGGUGGAGUUGUGGGGAUGGGAGUGGAGGAAUCUUAAAAUGAGGGAAGCUGAAAAUAGAAUGAAAACGAUGACUAAGAGGCAGGAGUGCUAGGUAUGGGGGAAUAGGAACUAUGAACUAAAUAUACUUGGGGGUGGGGGCCGGGGACACUGUCCCAGACAGCCCUGGCAUGACAGGCAGGACCCUGCCCCCUGCUCACAUAGCUCUUCAAGCUUACAAAGUACCCUCUCCCCUGUUGAGGGGCACAGCAACCCCAGGCCCUCCCUCCCACCUCAGCUGAAGCCCAGAUCUUCCAAAUUGGAACCAGCAAAAGUCUUAGGGCUGGCGCGCAUGUGGACCUCCAUCUGAGAACCUGGACUCUCAGGCACCUCGGGGUCCCUGCCCCAGGGCAGAGGCCCACCCCUUGGGUCGGUGCAGAGGCUACCCUGGGCCCCACUGGCAGCACAGGGAGUCUGCAGAAAGCAGCCCGGCCUGGGGUCAGCAUCCCAUGGAGCCAGUCCGGAGCUGGGAGGGGCACUCAAACCCUGAGGGCCUGGGGCAGGACACAGCUGCCCUCCUCACUGUCAGGGGAAGCGAGUGCCCAACAUCUGCAACCCUUCCCUGCUCAGUCCCCAGGCCAAGGUUGGGCCUCCUUGCCGUCCCCAGAACUUAGACCUCGGGGACCUGGGAAAAGCCGCCUGCUCCCUCCCGAUGGCAGCAGACAGGGCAGGGCCUCCAGCCCCGCAGAGGACCAGUGGGGGGCGCUCUUAGGCCUUCCUGCUCUCCCAAGGUUGUGGGGACAGUAGAGUGCUGACUGAGCCCCAGACUCAAUCACCCAAAGAUGGCCCCACUCUGUCCACCCCAGACCUUUGGGAGAUCUGAGUCCCUCUCCUGAUUUGAUCCAUUUGGCCCCAACUCCGGAGUCUGGAAUGGGAGAUGAAACUAGUUUUCCACCCACUUUUGGGGAAAUCCCACUCCUAGAUCUCUGGCAAGCCCUGCCGGCAGCUUGUCCUGGAAGCCUGCCUGUCUCCACAGGUGUCUUGUUCCAGCACACACUGAUGAGCCCUGCGUCUUCGAGCCCCUACGCCACUGGUCCCCACGGCCCGCCAGGAGUCUCUUUGUACCCACUAGGCUUCCCUGAUGACCAUCUGUCUGUCCGUCCCUGUGUCUGCUGUACAUACCUCCUGCUGUACCUACCCUCUCCCCACACACCCGUCACCCAUGAGAGAGAAACCUCUCUAGGGAAAGGCAGGGUGGCUGCACCCAGCAACUAAUCCAAAUGGCAAAUAUUUUGUAACAAAAUAGCCCAGAGGUAUUUUAUCUGUUCAAUUCAUAGAGUUUUAGAGAUUAUAUUGAAAGAUGUCACUUGA